UCUGUCUCUCUCUCUCUCUCUUGUUGCUUUUAGGUUUGGUUAAAGCCUUUCUGUUUACUGUGUAAUGUGUGUGAGUGUGUGAGCGCGUACGCAGGCUCUAUAAUAGACACACACACACACCCCCACACACUUGAACACUUAGAGCCGGAAAUGUAAACAGUGAGGUUUCAGAUGCAUUUCGGGGCUUGAGGGCAGAUCCAAGAACGCUGACUAAUAAAAAUACCUGCAUUGUGAGAGAGGAGUAUUUCUGUUAUCUGCCUGUUAAUGUUGAAACGAUGAGUUUGUGUAAAUGAGUUCUUUCUUGUGCCUGCAUUUUAGCAUGACCCGAUAUUUCACCGACAUCGUGUCACCGCUCAGAUUCGAUGUGCCAUCUGAUUGGCCGGUUUCGGGUCACACGGGCAGUGCUUUCGCCGUGCUGAUUCGCUGUAUUGUAACGCUCUCUCUCGCCCUCCCGCAGGACUACGUGUGGGACGCCUCCCACUACCUGGUCCACCAGGUGUUCAACAGCCUGAAGGAGAUGUUCACCGGCACCCGGGAGAUCCAGGACUGGCUUACCGAGACUGCCAAGCUGAUCGCCAAAUCCGGCAACACAGUGGAGUGGGUGACCCCCCUGGGGCUGCCUAUUAUCCAGCCGUACCACCGAACCAAGAACCAAGUG